AGCUAUAUAAAGGGUGUGAAGGGGAGACUCUUAAGAGCAUAAACCAAAGCAACAAAACAAUCAAUGGGGUCUCCAAUGGCCUCUUUAGCAGCAACUUUGCUUGUUUUAACAAUCUCUCUCAGCUUUGCAUCUCAAUCAACCGCUAACUACCUCUAUUCAUCUCCUCCACCACCUGUUAAGCACUACGAAUACAAAUCACCACCUCCUCCGGUUAAGCACUACUCUCCUCCUCCGGUUUAUCAUUCUCCACCACCACCUAAGAAACACUACGAAUACAAAUCUCCACCUCCGCCAGUUAAGCACUACUCUCCACCACCGGUUUACCACUCUCCACCACCACCAAAGAAACACUAUGUUUACAAGUCCCCUCCUCCUCCGGUUAAACACUAUUCUCCUCCCCCGGUUUACCACUCUCCACCACCUCCCAAGAAGGACUACGUGUACAAAUCUCCACCCCCACCAGUUAAGCACUACUCUCCCCCACCAGUCUACCACUCACCACCACCACCCAAGAAACAUUACGUAUACAAAUCUCCUCCUCCUCCGGUUAAACACUACUCACCUCCUCCGGUUUACCAUUCCCCACCACCACCAAAGUACGUAUACAAAUCCCCUCCUCCUCCAGUGAAGCACUACUCUCCCCCUCCGGUUUACCACUCCCCACCACCACCAAAGAAACACUAUGUGUACAAGUCUCCUCCUCCUCCGGUUGUGCACUACUCUCCUCCUCCAGUUUACCAUUCCCCACCACCACCAAAGUAUGUAUACAAAUCCCCUCCUCCUCCGGUGAAGCACUACUCUCCCCCUCCGGUUUACCAUUCCCCACCACCACCAAAGUACGUAUACAAAUCCCCACCUCCUCCAGUGAAGCACUACUCUCCCCCUCCGGUCUACCAUUCCCCACCACCACCAAAGGAAAAGUACGUAUAUAAAUCACCUCCUCCUCCUCCAGUUCACCACUACUCUCCCCCACACCAUCCCUACCUCUACAAAUCUCCUCCUCCUCCAUACCACUAUUAGAGUUCUCCGUCACGGUGAACACGAUGUGCAAAGAAGACAAAGUCAACACGGAAUCCAUAAUAAGAGAAACAUAGAGUGAAAGAGAGAAUACACCCAUAAGGCCAUAAAGCUUUCUCAGCAUCUUCAACGUAUUUUUAUUUUUGUUUGCAAUAAAUUUGAAACAUGUGUGUGUUGAUCAACUAAUGGUCCUUCAUGCACGCAGUCUGUAGUCAUAUAUAAAUGUUUGUAAGUUUUUUUUUUUAAACAAUGUUUGUAAGCUUACGCCUUGUUUCUUUCUGAUCUUUCAUGUGCAAGCUUGCUUUAAUAAAAAAGACCAUAAAUAAUAAGUUUG